CCGCGCCCUCGGUGCGGGAUGGACUUCAGGCACCCGCUGGAGCUCUUCCCCGGCUGCAGCGUGGCCCUCCUCCUCUUCAACCACGUGAAAAACGCCGCUGCUCUGAGAAAAAAAGCCAUGGAAGGGUCCAUUGAAGGAGCAUUAAUAAACCCUGCAAUGAUUGUAGAUCCUUUUCAAAUUCUUGUGGCAGCCAACAAAGCAGUUCAUCUACACAAGAUAGGUAAAAUGAAGACCAGAAGUCUCUAUGCAGAAAUUAUUUUCAGCCUUUCACCAAACAACAAUAUUUCAGAUGCAUUUAAAAAGUUUGGAAUUUCAGACAGUGACACAGCAGUACUCAUUGUUCUGAUUAUGGACAGAGAAAAAACUGUCAAUCUGGAAGAUAUAGCAUCUCAGGUAGAAGGCCAACAGGUUUCUCUAGAUGAACUUCCCCAACUAACAGACACUGACAAAGUUAAGAAGAUGUACAAAGUUACUCCGCAGGAAGAAAAAAUCGGCACCUUAUUGGAUAGUAUUGUUUGCCGAAUGUCAACAAAAGAUGUUUUAUGAAAAUGUGGAAAUAAAUUUUUUUUUAAAG